AACAUUAUCAGACACUAGACAAGACAAGCAGGCUUUGAAAUUUCUCCCGAACUUUCACUUUGGGAAUUCGUCUUCUCGUUCACACUGCUGCUGCUGCUGUUGUAGAUUUCUUAUCAUCAUCGUCGUGGUACUUUAAUAAUUCUAUUUUUUUCUAUUGGAGUUCACAAUUAAGGGUUCUUUGUUCUGCCAAAAACAACUAUGGAGGAAGAUACUAUAGUUGAUCAACCUCCGUUGUUCUCGAUGAAGGAGUUUCCUCCAAAGGUUUCAGAAAAACCACCCCCAGUGAUAGAAAAUCCUCAACCUAAUGAACCCCUGGAAGUGGAAAAAUCAUGUGACCCUGAAUCGUAUACUCUUAGUUUCUCUGAUCUUGGUUUAUCUGACUGGGCUACUCGGACAUGCAAGGAGCUUGGAAUGAAGAAACCCACACAAGUUCAACAUCACUGUAUUCCUCGAAUUCUUGCUGGUCAGGAUGUUUUGGGUUUAGCUCAGACAGGUAGUGGGAAGACAGCGGCUUUCGCAUUACCUAUUCUGAAUCGCCUCGCAGAAAACCCCUAUGGUGUGUUUGCUUUGGUGAUAACACCUACUAGGGAGCUAGCCUACCAAUUGGCAGACCAGUUCAGGGCACUUGGAGCAUCCUUGCACCUACGGUGUGCUGUUGUUGUUGGAGGGAUGGAUAUGAUCACUCAAGCACAAGCUUUGAUGCAACGCCCACAUGUUGUGAUCGCAACACCUGGGAGAAUUAAAGUCCUCCUUGAACAGAAUCCAGAUAUUCCAUCCGUCUUCUCGAAGACCAAGUUUCUAGUUUUGGAUGAGGCUGAUAGAGUUUUGGAUGUUGGUUUUGAGGAGGAACUGAGUGCAAUAUUUCAGUACUUGCCCAACGAUAGACAAACUCUGUUGUUUUCUGCGACAAUGACAGAAAACCUACAAACACUGCUUGAGGUUUCUGCAAACAAGGCAUACUUUUACGAACAAUAUGAGGGAUUUAAGACUGUUGAAUCUCUUAAACAACAGUAUGUUUUUAUUCCCAAAAACGUGAAAGAUGUUUAUCUGCUACACAUUUUGUCAAAAAUGGAGGACAUGGGCGUUCGCUCUGCCAUAAUAUUUGUUUCUACAUGCAGGAGUUGUCACCUUCUUAGUUUGAUACUGGAAGAACUUGAACAGCCAGCAGUAGGAUUGCAUUCGCACAAGUCCCAGGCUCUAAGACUGUCUGCACUACAUCGAUUCAAAUCUGGUCAGACUCCCGUUCUGCUGGCAACAGAUGUGGCUAGUCGGGGUUUAGACAUUCCAACAGUUGAUCUUGUCAUAAAUUAUGAUAUUCCGAGAUAUGCCCGAGACUACGUUCAUCGUGUUGGGCGUACAGCAAGAGCUGGCAGAGGGGGGCUGGCUGUGAGCUUUGUUACACAGAACGAUGUAGAUCUAAUACAUGAAAUAGAGUCGGUCGUUGGGAAGCAGUUGGAUAAGUUUGAAUGCAAGGAAAAUGAUGUUCUUGCUGAAAUGACGAAGGUUUACAAAGCUAAACGUAUUGCGACUAUGAAGAUGAUGGAUGACGGUUACGAACAAAAAGCAGAAGAACGAAAAGCCCAGAAGCUAAAAACACUUUCAGAGAAAGGAUUACUAAAAGAAAAGACUAAUAAGAAGAGAAGAAGAACCAAAACUACUUCUGCAGAAGAAUCAAAGUAGGAAAUUUUGUGCCUGAGAUAUAUUUAGAGAACCUUGAGGAUUAAAGAACAAUGGCCUGUACACACACAUUUACAAAGUUUUCCAAUUAUGAAGAAAUCUUCUGUGUAUCAGCUAGCUAGCUAGCUCAUGAGUCCAUUGAGAGAAAUGUAUUACCAUUUUUUCUUCUGUUGCCAGAACCUCCAAAUUAUGAAGGUCUCAGGGUUGUAAUAUGUAAAUUAACAUCAAUUUUUGUUAUCUCAAUCCAACCCUUUCUUUGCUGA